CACAACUUUCACGACUGCACCUCCCAUGACAGCAUAGGAAAACAAGACUGACGAAGACAAACAAACAGGGAAGCAGAAGGAAAACAACGGACUCGUAUUGACUGAAAUUGUUAAAAGGAAUUUACUGUGGCGCACGGCGCGUAAAAGGCGCACUGGCCACUUUGCUGCGCGCUUCAAUUCAGUGGUAACAUUUGAUUUGUAUCUUUAGUUGAAGAUUUUCGGAAUUUCAUCCCCAAGGGGCUGAGCAAAUAAUGUUAAAAAUGACAGAGGAGCCUGACAAGUGUGGCAGCGACCAGCCUUGCAGUCCAUCGGGCACAAACAGCUCCAUGUCCCAGGACGAGUCCGACUCCGAUGCUCCGUCCUCACCGACGGGCUCAGACGGCCAGGGAUCCCUGCUCGCCGGUUUGGGCAAGAAACUGGACUCGGAGGAUGACGACCGGUUCCCAGCUUGCAUACGGGAUGCCGUCUCUCAGGUCCUCAAAGGAUACGACUGGUCCUUGGUGCCGAUGCCCGUGAGAGGGAACGGAUCUCUGAAGAAUAAACCUCACGUCAAGAGACCCAUGAACGCGUUCAUGGUUUGGGCGCAAGCGGCCCGCAGAAAGCUGGCGGAUCAGUAUCCACACCUGCACAACGCCGAACUGAGCAAGACGCUGGGGAAACUGUGGCGUUUGCUCUCAGAAGGUGAGAAGAGGCCGUUUGUUGAUGAAGCAGAGAGGCUCCGGGUUCAGCACAAGAAAGAUCAUCCAGACUACAAGUACCAGCCCCGCCGAAGGAAGAAUAUGAAACCAGGCCAGAGCGACUCAGACUCAGGAGCAGAACUGGCACAUCACAUGUAUAAAGCUGAACCAGGGAUGGGAGGACUGGCAGGGAUGACUGAUGGACACCACCACCCUGAACAUGCAGGGCAGCCUCAUGGUCCCCCUACACCACCCACUACUCCCAAAACAGAGCUGCACCUCGGGGUGAAGCAGGAUCUGAAGCAUGAAGGCCGUCGUCUUGUUGACAGCAAUAGGCAAAACAUCGACUUCAGCAACGUAGACAUCUCUGAGCUCAGCACUGAUGUCAUCAGCAACAUGGAGACCUUCGACGUGCACGAGUUUGAUCAGUACCUCCCGCUCAACGGCCACGCCUCGGGCUCCUCCGCCCUGCCUUCAGACCACAGCCACGGCCAGGCUGCAGCACCUGGUGGCUCUUACACUUCCUCUUACAGCCACGCAGGCGGCAACGGGUCAGCGUGGAGCCGUAAGAGCACCAUGUCCUCUUCCGCACCCUCCGCCAGCGACGUGGGCCGGCUCCAUAUUAAAACGGAGCAACUGAGCCCCAGUCACUACAGCGAGCACUCUCACGGGUCACCCUCACACUCCGAUUACGGCUCCUACAGUAGCCAGGCCUGUGUAACCUCGGCCACAUCAGCUGCCUCGGCUGCAGCCUCUUUCUCCAGCUCCCAGUGUGACUAUACUGACCUCCAGAGCUCCAACUAUUACAACCCUUACUCUGGCUACCCCUCUAGCCUCUACCAGUACCCCUACUUCCACUCAUCCAGGCGGCCCUACGGCAGCCCGAUCCUCAACAGCCUGUCCAUGGCUCCUGCCCACAGCCCCACCGCCCCCAGCUGGGAUCAGCCCGUCUACACCACGCUGUCUCGACCUUGAGGUGACAAAAAACAGUCAGUUCACACCAGAGACUCAUUCAGAUUGAUGCACUACUAAUGAAGGAGCAGGUGGAGAGUUUGUGUAGUAGGCUUACCUGUGACCAUUUAGACGUGAAACAAACAAAAGAAAAAAAGUGCCUGCUGAUUUUAUACAAAGUUUUAUCGUUGCGAUGAAAACACAGACUUUUUACACAAAGACAAAUUGUGUUAUUGGUGAGCCAAAACUCCUCCAUGAGGACAUGUCGCCUACGCCUACAUCCUUUACAUCCCCCAUCUUUUCCAGUUUAAGAUUGCACGUGUGUGCACUAUUGAGGUAAAGCAAAAGGCCUGCCACUGAGUUGUGUAGGAGAGAAACGGUUUGGCUCAAUAAUGUUGUGAAGCAGAUGGAGAAACAGAUACAUUGGAGAACGUACACAGGACCAAUUAUGUGAAUUUGCAGUCAAAUUUACAUUAAUGGCCAGAGCUAUAUGGCAGCCAUUUGCAUCAGUCGAUCAGUCUUAACUAAAUGGCUCACAUGAAUCUUAUAGUGUCAUUUUGGCAUAAAAGUCUUAUAUGUAUUUAUGUUCGUGCAUUAUUGUUUUUCUUUUUUGUUCUUAAGUAGAUGAACACAUGUAAUGUGGGUUUGGUUAUUUACAGUACAGUUUGGCUUUUGAUGAAAACAAGGUAAAUGAAGUGAAGGAAAAUACAAGUACAAUAAUUUCAAUAUCAUUCCAUUUAUGACCAAUUUCCAGUAACAUCUCCAUUAUAAGUUUUAAGCAAACAGAGCUGGACCAACAGACUCGCACGGGACAGAACAGGUGUCUGAACGCUACGCUUGGUAAAUUGCGAUUAGUCAUGAUCUAGGGUUAAAGGAAAUGGGGUAAAAUAACACCACACACCCUGAGUGACAUGUCAGCUGGACCCCCUGUAUAUGUGGAUGAACAGCACACGGAUAUGUGUACUUACAUACAUCUGUGUGUGUGUGUGUGUGUGUGUGUGUGUGUGUGUGAAAGUGUGUGUGUGUGUGUGUCAGGGAGAUAAAGUGCUUCUGUAUGUUGUGUGCCAUUUCCUUGGGAAAAAAAAGAAACACUUUCCAUGACAGUACACACUAAAUUGAUACUGAAACAACUUGUUACAUUAAAAUGAUCUUUGAAUUCAUCCGUUACUCAAAGAAAAGUGUUUAGGGUUUAAGGAGGAAAUUAAGAUUGUGUGAGUGUUUGCCCAUAUUUAUCUCAUCAACCAUCAAGUGCCAACUCACUGCUGCAGUCUCGCGCAAAACGUUGUUGUGCCUUCUAAUGCUUAUCGUCAGUAUUUCAAUAUGAAAUUGAAUUUAUUAACAAACUUCAGGCAGCACACAAUCAGUAAUCAACACCAGAGAUUCCUACAGUUAACCUGCUCCUGAUUAUAUCCUUAAUUUGAUAUCAUUCCUUACAGCCUUGGUUUGUAAUGUUCUGUGAGAUGCUGUAUGAGAAACGUACGGAGCAUCGCGCUCCAAGUUUUGUCCACAGAACUGUGUUUUGUAUAUUAUUCUGGUGUAUAAUUUUGAGAAAGGCUGUGAAAAUUAUUGUUGUUUCUAUUAACUAGAGUUUCAUUCACACAUGCACAGCUAACCCAUUCGCUGGCCAUUUAAAAAAAAAUAAAAAGAUACUUUUUUCUCAA